AUGGUGAGCCCAGCUAUUGAAAGACGCAUCAGCCAUAACUACGGACAUCACCAUAAAGGCAUCUUGGUGGCAAUCUUCAUUGCAAACCUCUUCCAUGCCCUCAUUAAUGAACCACAAUGUGUGCAGUAUCACAAUAACUACAAGAUGUCAUCCGUGAUGGAGCCAUUUGACUCACCAUAUAACAUCUCCUUGGACAAAGAUUUUGAAAGUCAUAUACCACAUCAGCAGCCUGAACAAGUACAAGUAAAUAGUGGUCUGCCUGAAAAUGACUCUGUAGAUGAUAUUUCACCCAAAAUCGUCCCCACUAAAGCAAAACAGUGUAAAGCUUCAAUCACCGCAACAAAGAAAGACGGACAAUGGUUCAUAAGGAGCGUUGUAACUGAACACAGUCAUGACAUUAGUCCAAAGAAGUCAAGGCUAAUACGAGGCAACCGUAAAGUUGAUAUGCAUGCAAGGCAAAUUGUUGAGACUAACGAUGACGCUGGUGUCCGGAUUAACAAAAGUUUCCGGUCUCUUGUGUUUGAAGCAGGUGGAUAUGAACACGUUAACUUCAUAGAACGUGAUGUUCGCAACUACAUUGAUCAACAAAGGCGAACUUUGUGUAAGGAUGGGGAUGGGCAGGCCCUUCUACGACAUUUUUCAAAAAUGCGGGAAUUAAACAACGACUUUUUCUUCGAAAUAGACAUGGACGAAGACAAUCGUAUAUGCAAUGUUUUUUGGGCAGAUGCUCGUAGUAGAGCGGCAUGUGAGGAUUUUGGUGAUGUUGUAUCCUUUGACACCACAUAUUUGACCAACAAAUAUGACAUGCCUUUCGCUCCUUUUGUAGGUGUUAAUCACCAUGGUCACUUAAUUUUAUUAGGUUGUGGUCUUGUAUCAGCAGAAGACACAAAGUCGUUCGUGUGGAUUUUUGAAUGCUGGCUUCGGUGCAUGUAUAACAAACCACCCGAAGGAAUUGUUACCGACCAAUGUAAGGCAAUGCUUAAUGCAAUUGGAGAAGUUUUCCCAAAUACCAAACAUAGAUGGUGUCUAUGGCACAUAAUGAAAAAAGUGCGAGAAAAAUUGCAAGGUUACACAAACUACAAAUGUAUCAAGAGUGAAUUAAAAAGACUAGUGUAUGAUUCAAUCACAGUGGCUGACUUUGAGUUGGGAUGGCAGGCAUUUAUUGGACAAUAUGAUUUGACCACAAACGACUGGCUCACUAGAUUGUUCGACGAGAGACAUCGUUCGGUUCCUUGCUAUCUAAAAAGUCAGUUUUGGGCUGGAAUGUCGAUCACCCAAAAGAGUGAAAGGCUGAACGCUUUUUUUGAUGGGUUCAUUAAUUUGGGAACUACUUUGCAACAAUUUGUUGUGCAAUAUGACAACACACUACGACAAAAGGCAGAAAAAGAAUUUGAAGCUGACUUUGCUUCAUCCAAUACCACUGUUGCAUGUGGAUCAUAA